ACUAGCGCUCUUGGUGUUUGUGGUGUGGGGGCGACAAUAGCGGGACAGCAGGUUCAACCGUCAUCCCACCGGUGAAUGGAGAUGCGUGAACAAUAGCGGCUCACAGUUCGAUGCCUUAUUGGUUUAUUUCGUCUUAACUCAGACACAUUAUUUAACGAUAGCUACUUUUUUUCAUUCAAUUAUUACUGUCUUUGUGCGCCAUGGCGAUUGCCCACGUAGCAACAGAAUACGUUUUUUCGGACUUUUUGUUGAAGGACCCCACGGAUGCAAAAUACAAAGGAAUGCGCCUGGAGCUGGCCGCGGACAAAAUAGUGACGUUCCUGGCUGUGGGACUACCUUUGUUUCUUAUCUCGCUCGCGUUUGCUCAAGAGGUUUCCGUGGGUACACAAAUCAGCUGCUUUGCUCCCACGAACUUCUCUUGGAGACAAGCAGCGUAUGUGGAUUCCUUUUGCUGGGCAGCCGUACAACAACAAGAUGACGGUUCACCAUUAUGGCUUCACAAGUUCUUUCCAUAUAUCCUGCUCUCGGUGGCCAUACUUGUAUACAUCCCUGCGCUUUUCUGGCGCUUCACUGCAGCCCCACAUCUGUCCUCGGAUCUCAACUUCAUAAUGGAGGAGCUUGACCGCUUUUAUAAUCGUGCCAUCAAACUGGCAAAGAAUUUGGCAUCCUUGGAUGCUAAGGAUAAGGAUGUUUCACAGGACACACAGAGCAAUGCUCUGGAGCUGGCUGAGGGGUGUUUUAAAUACCCUUUAGUUGAGCAGUACCUAAAGACCAAGCGGUUCUCUCACCGCCUCGUCAUCAUGUACUUGGCAUGCCGGGGCUUGACUCUACUCAUCCUGCUGCUCGCCUGCCUCUACCUGGGAUACUACAUCCGCCUGGCCUCUCUUACAGAUGAAUUUCCUUGUGACCUGCGCACAGGGGUGCUGACCAAUGACAGCAGGGUACCCUCAGCAGUCCAGUGUAAGCUCGUGGCAGUGGGAGUCUUCCGGCUACUCAGCUACAUCAACCUCGGGGUAUAUUUGCUACUCGCCCCAAUGGUGGUGUACGCCGCUGUUGGACCUGCACGUCAGAGUUCCAACUUCCUCCGACCUUAUGAGAUGCUGCCAGGCUUUGGAACUUUGGGGGUCAUCACUCCCUUCUACAAUGACCUCAGCAUAUAUCUGCUCUUUCUACAGGAAAACCUAAGUGAACUGAAAUCCUUCAAGUGCCUGCAGGUGCUGGAGUUAUUGCAAGAAGCUGCUGAGGAGGGCUUUGAUACCAUGUGCGUACUGCGAACUCUGGGCCAGGUGAAGACAGAUGUGUUGGAUUGUAAGAAGGCAUGUCCUCGAAACAAAGAUAAAGAAGUGACAUCAUAAUCUCGUUGAGGUAGAGCUCUGUCUACCUCAUUAACCAAGUCCUGCUGUGAACAACAACUGACCUGAUCUCCACUGGUGGUUUGAAAUGUGAUGGAUUUAAAAUACAGUAACUCAUACAAUGUAUUUUUAUCUCCUAGAAUUACUUGAAAUGACUCUUCUGCAUUCUCAUGACAUUCUUUUCCAUUAUUUACACCCAAUUCAUAAUGAGAAAAAGGCACCAAUUACAUUUGCAACAGGAUUAUUACAUCAUAUGCCUCCGCCUGCAGGGUUUUUACAUGACGGCCUAACAUUUCAGAGAUCUGGGGCUUAAAGAUUGGUUGUGGCCUCCCUGUCACAAAAGAGCUUUGAAGUACUUAUCAUCAUCUGAACAUGCUGCACGUACAUAAAUUUGGUUGGUUUUCACAAGUUUCUCUUUUUUCUUUUCAGUCAUUGCACUUAAAUGUUGUUUACUGUAAUAACACAACUGUUGUAUAACACAAAAUCGGCCUUAAAGUGUCCUUUAUGUGUUCAGUCUUUUUCGUUUGUUCUAAUCUAGACAAUGUUGAAGUCAAGGUUUAUAGAUAUUUUUUCUAAAUACAUUGUCUUUGGUAUUUAAUGACACAUUGCUUUUCUCAAGCAUAUUGUAAAAUGGCUUUUUAGCAUUUGUGAAUGUGAGCAAUACUUCUGUAACUAACUUUCCUGUAACUUAUAUGUUGUGUAUUUCCACUGUACUUUGUAGCUAAGAGCCCAUGGCAUUACUUGAUUAAUGAUGUUGAUUUCUUUAUUUUAUAUUUGGACAGCACUAUAUUAAAUCUUAGGAGACGAAAACGGAACAUUUGUUACUUGCACUGUAACAACUACAGCCUUGAUGGGAUGUUAAAAAUGAAUGAAUUUUUCAGACAUGUAAAACUCCACUAACAGUAUGUGCAUGUGAAAAAAAUAUCCUGGUACAGUAUUGGAAUUAUGGAAAUUACAUGCGUUAAACUUAUACUGGACGCUCAAUAAAACUGUUAUUCACUGUAA